AUGAGAGUUCACACUGGAGAGAGCCCUUUGACCUGCCAACAGUGUGGAAAAAGUUUCAAUCGAAAAGACAGCCUUAAAUUCCACUUGAAAAUGCAUGCUGGAGAGAAACCGUUCAUAUGCCCUCACUGUGGAAAUAGAUUUACACAGAAAAAAAUCCUUAAUGCCCACAUGAGAGUUCACACUGGAGAGAAGCCUCACUCCUGCCAACAGUGUGGAAGGAGCUUCACGAUGAAAGGAAAUCUUAAGACUCACAUGAGAAUUCACACUGGAGAGAAGCCAUUUGUUUGUGAUCAGUGUGGAAAGAGUUUUAGAUUUAAAGAGAGUUUUUAUAAUCACCUUACGAGGAUUCACUCAGGAGAGAAAUGUCAUCAGUGCAAUAGGAGUUUCACAGACAGGAAUCACCUUGAGAAUCAUGUAAAAAUUCACACUGUAGUGAAGCCUUACAUGUGUCAUCAGUGUGGAAAGAGUUUCACACAGAAAGGAAACCUUGAGAAUCACAUGAGAAUUCACACUGGAGAAAAGCCUUUCACCUGUCCUCAGUGUGGUAAAAGCUUCACGAUUAAAGGAAAGCUUAAGAUUCACAUAAGAUCUCACACUGGAGAGAAGCCUUACAAGUGUCUUCAGUGUGAGAGGAGCUAUAAAUAUCACUCAGACCUGAAACGGCAUUUGCAAACUCAUUCUGAAAAAAAAUAG